AUGCAAAAGACAGGAAAUGCUUUUUUAAUUUCAAAGCUGUACAUUUUGUUUUUCGUACAGUUUUGUGCCAUUGCUCUCUGCUCUGCCGAGCUGACAAAAGAAAUAUACUAUUCUGAGCCUGCUGUGAUGCACACGUUCUUGGGACAAAUUAAGCCAGGAAGGCUCGAGGAUAUAAGCGAUGAAAACACCAGCGCAGUUGCAAGCAUGAUGAACUCCUACAAAUUAGAAAUAUGUCUGGACAAGAUAAUGAGCACAGAAGCGCCAAAAACGAUGAAAUCUUUCAGAAACUUGGAAAAAGUUGUCAUCUAUUCUUCCUACACACUCCCAUUUACUGUAUACAAAAGGCACUUGCUGAUAGAAGAUAAUGUAAGCACGGUUAAAACAGACAAACUCGAAGAGGUGUUGGCCUCUCUGUCGAACAACCACGAUAUUUGCGAAAUAGAGAUAAGAAACAUGGUCAUAAAGAGAUUUCCAGCGGUCUUGAAGAAGUUCAAAAAUCUCAAAGUGCUGAGGUUCUCGAACAUUCACUACUACUACAUCUAUAUUGAGAAGUGGAUAAGAAACAAAGAGAACGCGCCAGACUCUAUUAACUUUUUCAACGCACUAAAAUACUUGCCUGCUCUGGAGCGCGUAUACUUUGACCACUGCGUGAUAAAGAACUACCAGCAAGACGAGCGAGAAGGCGACAAAAAGGUAAGUAAGCUGAAAUCAGCCGAGUUCAGAGACAUGAACAUCGAUGCAGUAAAGCACUUCUUGUGGUUCUACAACAAAAGGGGAAUAGAUCUGACAAUUGAGGGCCCUACAAGGAACACAAAAGAGAUGUUUUUGGACCUGGAGGAGAUAGCCCACAGCAUCAGCAACCUGACUCUGAUAAACUUUGACAUGAAGAUGAUAGAAGAGCUUUCUUUGCCAUUUUUGGAAAGACUGCACUCUUUUACGUUCCUGCGCAUCAGCAACAGCACAGAGCACAGCAUAAAAAACAUUUCUCCUUUAGAGAAUACAAAAAUAUGGGAGAAAAUAUACAGCGUAACAGAAAAAGUAACCAUAACAGACGAGAUAUUUUUCAGGCUGAAAAUGGUCCCGCUGUACAGAGUGAAAAUUUUGACGAUAAUCAGCAAAGAAACAAACGAAGCGGUUACACUCUCUCUAGAGUCAGUAAAUAAUGUGAGAAUAGCUAUGUCCCAUCGGUGCACAGUUCCUUUUCUGGAGAGCAUUAUAUCUGAUGAGGCACUGGGCGCAUACUUCCCCAUAGAGAAAAACGUAAGCAUCACGCUCGAAGAGCACUUUGGGGCAAUAGACGAGCUUUUGCUGGGAAUAUUAAGAAAGUUUGAGGGCGAUGAAAUAUCAAUAGAUUUUACAGUGCACUCCUAUGUCUACAUCAGAGAUAUGGCAAAAGUCAGGAAAGCCAUUAAAAAAAAUGCCAUGAUUAAGAUAAACAACGUCUACAAAGAAGUGUUUAUGCUGACUGUAAGCCAGAAGUACGCGAAUGAAAUGUUAGGAGAAGUAGAUAAUACAAAAAAAGUUGUAUGGAAAGUAGAUGUGCCUCAGUGGUGA